GACUUCUGCUUAGACCAGGAAGGGCUUUCCUGGGAGGAGGAGCUGGGCAUUGCCCAGCCUUAUCUGGGAGCCGUCUCCGAGGGUCCCCUUAGUCUCCCCAACCCCACAUGUCCACUGCUCACCCGUCACCUACCCUGGCCGGCCGCGGAGGGGACCUUGUGGAGCUACGUGCCCUGAGCCACCUCCUUUCUGGUGGAGCAGUGGGAGGCUGGGGGCAGCCAAGGAAGCGAGCGAGUGAAGCCAAUGGGUGCCCAGUAGGUCUGUGCCCUCCAAAGGGGAAGUUAACGACCAGACCUGUGUGGGAAGACUGUUCUGGUGACAUCCAAAGCUGUGGGCUGCAGGCUGAUGAUGACCUCAGACAACUGUGGCGUUUGAUCAGGAAGUGCUUAUGGUGAAGGCCACGGCAUGGGGGUGGUGCAGAGUGGUUUGGGCUCUCACCGGGAAGCAACCAUCCAGAGGCCCAAGUGUAGGAAGGACCCCUGGGUGGCCUUCUUGGGGUCCCAGAGUGGUGAGGGGUAGAAGGCAGCCUGCCUCUUGUUCUGGCAGGGUGGUCCCCCCACCCCACAUGGAGAGGAGGGCAUUGAGUGGCUAGGCACAGGACUAGAGGACAGGCAUUUGUACCCACAGCCUCCCAGGCAGAGGGGGAGGAAACUAGGUCCUGCGGGGGCCGGAGGAGUGACCCCUGCAACCUGAUGGGCCACCUUAUCAGCAAGUGCCAGGCAGGGCCAUCGCCGGGUGGGGGAAGCAUCUCCCUGAGCCGAUAUCAGUCUCAGAGUCCACAGGACACUCCCGGGUUAACGUGUAACCGUACGCAGUCCCCUCCACUUCCAAAGCCACCGGUGCCCAUACAGACCACUCUGGGGGGUCACAGGCCGAUAUGGACGCCCGGAAAGAGGGGCUGCCCCGAAAUCCUCACUUCGCAGUCCAAGCUGAGCUCCAGUGGUUCAGCAGCCCUUUGUUCCCGAAGCAGCCACACCUGGUCAGGUGCCUGAGCCCCUUCUUCCUCACCUGUGCCAUCUACUUCCUCCUCUGGAUCCCUGAGGACCCACCGUCCUGGGUUGGUGCCCUGGUCAAGUGCCUGCCUGUGCUGUGCCUGGUGGGGUUCCUGCGGGCCUGCUCUGGCGGGUGCUACAGCUGUCUCCUGCAGGUGGCCCUGCUGUUCUCAGCCUGUGGGGACGUCUUUCUCAUCUGGCCCGAGGCCUUCCCCUACGGCGUGGCUGCCUUCACCAAGGCUCAGAUGCUCUACAUCUGGGCCUUUGGCCUCAGGCCCCUGCAGCUGGGCCUCCUGCUGCCUGUUGUCCUGGCCUCCCUCCCGUUCUACUGCCUCCUGCGGCUGCACCUCUCCCCCGACAUGGUCCUGCUCCUGACAGCCUAUACCCUGGCCCUCGCCACCAUGCUGUGGCGUGGCCUGGCCAGGGGUGGGAGUGCCCGCUGGGGAGCGCUGCUCUUCACCAUCUCGGAUACCGUGCUGGCCUGCAACACCUUCAUCCAGCCCCUGCCCCACGCCCGCCUGGUGGUCAUGGCCACCUACUACGCUGCCCAGUUCCUCAUCUCCCUGUCGGCCUUCCAGAGCCCCAGGCUCAAGACCAACUGACUGGGCGUCCAGGCAUGCAGACAUCUGCCCCCUCCUAUCCUGCAAGGACCUCGACCUCCCAGAAAGGCCCAGUGAGGGAAAUGCCCUCGGGUCCGGGAGCCAGGCUCCCAGACUCCCAUCUGCAGGCGCCGAUCCAUUUGGAGAUGUGUGGGAACCGUUUGCAGAAUUCGAAACCACACCAAACACCCUCCCUCUGUUCUGAUUCCAGGUUCCAGGCCCCUCAACCAGGCCUCUGCCUGCUCCCGUGACCCCAGGUGGCUUCCCACGCCGCCUACCCCCGUCCUUCUGGCCCUAAUCUAUCUUUGUUACCUGAGUAAAGCUGACAUUGAAACGA